GAUGGGGUUUUUACAAAAACACUACACGUUAAACGGAGAAAGAGGAAAGCUUUUAUUUGUCAAGUUAAAUUAAUACAACCAGCGACUUAUCUGGGUGAUGGAGAAAUAUCAGCUUAGACUCGGACUUUUGAAAGAAAUUGGAAAUCAUCUGGUUGAUAUCUUCUAGGCAUUGUGCUCGUCCAAUGGGAAAAUGACAAUGAAGAGAGACAGUAGAUAUUUGAGAAGAAAAGAAGAAGUUAAUAUCGACUUCACCAAAUGUAAGAAACUCAUGUCGUCCAAUUUGCCCCUUCUUUUUGCAAAUGGACAACCUCGAAGCCUGGAAACAAUUUCCCAGCCUGAGUUGGAGGAGUUUGUUCCAUUUAUGGUGCAAUGCUCGCUGGGACAAGAAAUUCUCAAAUCACCUAAGAGAAUCAACAACUGUCCCGCACCUGAUUGGUGGCCUCAGGGGCUCCCUUUCAAAUUUCCCCUGAUUGAUCAGUCCGACUGGAUUAAUAGAUUGGUGAUGCUGAAAAGCCUAGUAUGCCGCUGUUAUACUUAUUAUAACUGUGAAUUCUUGCUUAAGUUCAGUUCCGACCUAGCUGAUAUACCACCAAGCCAACUGAGAUUUGAAAUAAACGAUGACAAUACCACCACCAUCUAUGACCAAAAUGAAGGGAUGUUGGUGAAGUGCAGAAAUGAAAACCUGAACUAUGACCUACACAAAAAUCCUCGCCGUUACCUCUCUCCAGCUCACCGCUCAUCCUUAAACCAGGCUAAAAAGUUUGAGUCUGUCAUUGAUCUAACCUUCGAUACUUCUUCUGAAGAUGAAAAGGAAGUGUAUUUUAAAGAGACGGUCGCACCUGCAUCUCGAAAAGCUGGAAAACGGAAAGCAAGCGUAGAACAGAACGGGGAACCUGUGCCGGCCAGGAGAAGAUGUUUGAGAAUCUUUAAUGACUUCCCCGUGGAGACACCAGAGCCCUCUGCCUACAACCAGUUCUGCGCACAGUCGCGGCGCGAUUAUCGCUCAGACUGGUCCUCGGGGCAGUGGUCCGCGACUGUAGCUAGCGACUCUUGCGAUAGUCGCUCCAAGCGAAACAGGACAACGCAAACUCCGUCAGAGCAGUGCCCGGCUACUAUCGCGGAGCGAUUAUCGCCACGCAACUAUCGCUGCAAUCGCUCCAAGCAAAAUAGGCCUUAA